UAGGUAAUGUCGAACUGGAUCAGCGACAAUAAUUGUUCACGUCGACUCAUUUUUCCGAGAUAAGCCUUUUGCUUCACAAUGGCUCCUCCUUCCAAAAAGCGAAAGCAAUCUCAGGCAGCUAUUGAGGAGAUUCUAUUCGACCCAUCUGCACGUCAAGACUAUCUCGCAGGAUUCCACAAACGCAAGCAACAACGUAUAAAAAAUGCCCAAGAGGCGGCCAUUAAGAGAGAAAAGGCCGAAAAGGCCGAGGACCGCAAAAAGUUGAGGGAAGGUCGCAAAUUAGAAAUGGAAAGACAUGUCGAGGCUUUCAAUGCAUUAUUACGCGAGUCCGGAGAGAAGGAAUCUGGUUCAGACGACCAGGGAGAUAGCGAAGACGAGGAAUGGGGUGGUUUUGAGGAGCCUCCUGCCAUCGAUCACGAAGCCGAAUACAUCGAUGAAGACCGAUACACUACAGUUACCGUCAAGGACAUGGACCUUUCCAAAAUCGAUCAAUCAUCAAGCGAUGAAGACGAAGGCGAAAACUCGGAACACGAAGGGAAACAUGUUCAGAAAGGAAAUGUAGCUGAGAAGGCCUCAGGGGUAAACAAACCGGGAAAACGUACUUGGACAAAAGAAAAACCCGAGCAGCCAAAGAAGAAAAAGAAGAAGUUCCGCUACGAGAGCAAAGCCGAGAGGCAGUCUACGAGGCGUAAAGAAAGAGCGAGCAAUAAGGCUCAGGCUAAGGCGAGGCGUGGUUAAAAAGAGAUAUUAAUAUAUACCCCACAUUUCAAUUUUUGAGAGCUUGCAUCGAGCUGGUUUCAACGUCCAAACACCAGUAUAGAGAGUAGUAUGUAAAAGUUGAAUUCUAAGCAACUGGGAUGAAACCACCAUCAAGAAAUUGCUAUCCCUAAUACCCUCAAG